AUGACGACCAAGCCUGACACGAUGAGUCGUCACUGGCGCGUCCUACGCAAUGCGUUGUUACAAUCGACACGUCAUGACACGUCGAUAUCAUCAAAUGACUCUGAAGUAACUGCAUCAUCCAUUGCUACCGAGUUUUUCCCUUUGUAUCAAGGCAUUCAGGUUGACACUGGAAUGCAUUCUCCUGUGCAAGAAAAUUGGGUGUGGAUGGCGUACGAUUUGCCUUGUGACGUGACUAAAACAACAGGAAGAAGAGCAACAAGAGUGUAUGUACAUGAGAAGCGCAAGGAUGUGAAACGGGUGUCCAUUGCGGAGUUGUUGAGCCAUCAGGUAAAUCAGGGUGUGGACAAUACGGGAAACAUUCGGACGUGGCCGUCCGAGCAGGUUCUACUGUCGUAUCUACUAUCCAGUAAUGUGUGCUCGCAAGUGCAGCAACAAGAUACAAGUGGCAAUCUAUUGCCCAUUACAUGCUGUGAAUUGGGCAGUGGUAUGGCAGGGCUCGCUAGCUUGGGGCUACUUGCUUGUGCACCAGUAGAGCUCCAACACGUCUUAGUGACAGACGGGAAUCCGUUGUCUGUGAAAAACCUACAACUUUGUAUUGAAGAGAACAAGAUGCAGCAUGUGAUACCAUUUGAGGCUCAAAGCGUCAAAAUCUCGACCAAGCUACUGCGUUGGGACCGCAACGCCAGCUUCCAGAAAGACUUGCAGCAUCAGUUUGAUCUCGUCUUUGCCAGUGACUGUCUUUUUUUCGAAGAGUUUCACGAAGACCUCGCGUACACGAUCAAGAAUCUUUUGCGUAAUGGAUCGGGACGGUGUUUGCUCUUGCAACCAAGUCGCAAUGGUUCAAUGGAACGCUUUUGUGUCAUUGCCAAACGUCAAGGUUUUAGUAUUGAAGAAUCCCGAGACUAUGACCCGAUGAUUGUCAGCAAACAUGCUGACUACCAACAAACUCGACCUGAUUAUGUACCGGACGUGCAUUUUCCAAUCCUGCUAAUUCUGUCCUACUCGUCCCUUAAUUCCAGCUAA